AUGGCUGCCAAAGAGGACCUCUACAGUAAAAUCCUCCCUCGGAGGCUCCGGCAGAACCGACCGGGUUCAGUGAAAUGUGGCUCCAACCUGGACGUGCUGUUAUCUAUGGGCUUCCCCAGACCGAGAGCACUGAAAGCUCUGGUAUCAACAGGAGGUCGGAGUGUUCAAGCAGCAUGUGACUGGCUCUUCUCUCAUGUAGAUGACCCGUUCCUGGACGACCCUCUGCCCAGGGAGUUUGUCCUCUACCUGCGGCCCAGCGGACCCCUGCAGAACCAGCUCUCACACUUCUGGCAGCAGAGCCGCGUCACAUGUGGCAAAAACAAAGCACACAACAUUUUCCCACACAUCACCCUCUGCCAGUUCUUCAUGUGUGCAGACCACAAAGUGGAAGCCCUGUGCGAGGCCCUGCAGGCGUCCGUCCAGCAGUGGCGGGGUCGAUUCCCCAGCCCUCUGCCUCUGGAGCUCUACACAUCCUCCAACUUCAUCGGCCUGUUCGUGGAGGAGACGGUGGCCGACGUCCUCAAGCAGUUUGCCGCUGACUUCUCCACAGAGGCCGCCAGGAAGGCAGAGGUGCAUGUGGAGCCUCAUAAGAAGCAGCUCCAUGUAACACUGGCCUACAACUUCCCCACCAAUCACCUGCCUUCACUGGAGAAACUGGCCAAGGGCAUUGAAGUUAAGCUGGGCUGUGAUUGGCUGGCAGUCUUGUUUUCCCGGGACAUUCGUUUUGCAAACCAUGAGACGCUGCGGGUAAUGUACCCCUACUCGCCUCAGAACGAGGAUGAGCUGGAGCUGGUUCCUGGAGAUUUUGUCUUCAUGUCUCCGGUGGAUCAGAGCAGUACCAGCGAGGGCUGGGUGUACGGGACCUCGCUGGGCUCAGGGCUGUCCGGCCUGCUGCCUGAGAACUACGUCAGCCUGGCGGAUGAGUCCGAGACCUGGGUGUUCCAUGGCUCCCAUUCCUUCUUCAGCUGUGGGCCAAGUGACAGGAGCAGUAAGGACAGAGGGAUGUUUGACGGGCUGCUGGACAGCCGACGGAUGGAGAACAGCAGUCCUGGAGACACCCCCACCCUCAGUCUCAUCUGUCAUCCAAUGCAGCAGGUCCUGCGGAUAAGUAGCAGUCAUUCUAGGCAGCCCAAGCGGACGCUCUUCGUCUGUCGGCAUGGGGAGAGGAUGGACGUGGUGUUCGGAAAACACUGGCACUCCCUCUGCGCCGACAGUAAAGGCAGAUAUGUACGCUCCAAUCUGAACAUGCCUCCCAGUUUGCCGCUGUGGGGGGGGCAGAGAGAUUACGACAUGGACGCUCCCAUCACUGUGAUCGGAUCCACACAGGCUCGACUUGUGGGUGAGGCUCUGUUAGAGAGUAACACAGUGAUCGACUUUGUGUACUGUUCUCCUUCUCUGCGAUGUGUUCAGACUGCACAGAACAUCCUGAAAGGUCUGCAGCAGGAUGGUAAGCUGAAGGUGCGAGUGGAACCGGGGCUUUUUGAGUGGACCAAGUGGGUUUCGGGGACCUCCCUGCCUGCGUGGAUCCCCCCCACUGACCUGGCUGCAGCCCACUUCAGUGUGGACACAACAUACAGACCUCUGAUCCCAGUCAGCAAGCUCAGUGUGUCCGAACCUUACGAGACCUACAUGAGCCGGAGCUACCAAGUGACCAAAGAUAUCCUGUCAGACUGCAGAAACACUGGAAACAACGUGCUGAUUGUAGCCCACGCUUCUUCCUUAGAGGCGUGCACACGGCAGCUGCAGGGCCGCGGCCCACAGAGCGCCAAGGACUUCAUCCAAGUAGUCCGAAAGAUCCCCUACCUGGGCUUCUGUUCCUGUGAGGAGCAGGGAGACACAGGGGUUUGGCAGUUAGUGGACCCUCCCAUCCUCCCCCUCACACACGGACCAAACCACUCCUUGGACUGGAGGGAGACACUGAUGCAAGAAUGACAUCUGAUCUGAACUCUGUCCAACCUGAUCAGACUGUGCUCCUUCCCCUCCACUGACUGCAGGAACAAGUUUCAGACCAGUGCCACUAAAAUACUGGAAGCUUUCUUUUUCCCGCCUCUUCACACAGCUGGUGGCUCAGCAGUGAGCCAUGAAAAAGCUUCCUGCCUGAAUAUGAAGAAAAGUCGCAGCCGAUGAAUGGUUGUCGAACUGACUGAUCUGACUCUGAGGCUGGAUUAAACAAUGAUUUAACAAAUGUCCACUUACAAUAAUUACAGUAUUUCAUUUUUAUUUUUGCAGGUAGAGUGAGAUUGAAUUAGUCUGGCAGUACGGGUGUUGGCUGCACUGCGUGGGAGAGCUCUCACUGAACACCAGCUGACUUUGUCAUCCCAGUCUCAGAACAUUUUGUGAAAUAAGCACAUCUUUUAACAGAUAAUAUUGUCCUAUGUGUAAAGAAAAAUGAUUUAUUACAAACAAAAAUGCCUGAAAAUUUAGUUUUUUUGUUGUUGUUUUUAUAAACAGAUAACUGUAUGAAUGCAGAAUCUUGAGGCAACAUGACAAGAUUUUGUUAUUGCAUCGCAUUUUGAGCAGUAUUGACCAAUUAUUUGUUUGCGUGCUUUGCUUGCACCCAGGUUAGAAGACUGUGUUGAGAGUGUACCUCUCUAGUGUCUACCUAGGCGUUGUGCACACGGGAACGCAUUACCUCCCUCCCAUUUUUGAAGUCAUCAACCAUUUUCUGACGACUAUUUCCUUUUUCUUAAAUAAAAAAUAGGUUAAGUGAGCUACUUCUUAAACAACCUGGUCGCAGAAGUCGUCUCUUAACUCCAACUUAAUUUCAAUGUCUCAAUUUGCCAACAUUACUGAGGGCUCUCGAAAUCAGCAUGCCUUAUAGGCUAAUUCAAUUCUAAAUUAUCAGACUGAUGUCACUGCAAUUUUAGCUACCUGUUUUUUUCUCAUUUACACUUGAAUUUAGACUAUAUCUUGCAGGCUCAUUUCCCCUCAAUAAAAUAUGUAUUUCACAUUUUGUGGUUCCCUAAAUAUGAACUGGCUAACUCAAAACUCAAAUUGGUUGACUUUACUAAACCUAGCUUACUAACAUUAAACAUUAGCUGUAAUCAUACAAGAGUAUACAUUUAAACCCAUUAAAAUUAAUUGAAUUAAAUGUUCAAAUGAGGUCUUGCUAAAAUCAGCGUGACCAUGCUUACCAUGUGGUGUUUAUAAUUUAGGUUUUAGCAUGUGUUAUUAGCCUGUCAUCAUGCAAUAACAAUUAAACAUGUAAUGCUAACAUUAGCAUGAUUAUGUUGCCUUCCAAUGGGAUUGUGGUUAGUAUCUUCAAGUAAAGAGAUUAUAUGAAUUAUUGACGUCAUUAUGUAUUUGCAUUUAAUGCAUUACCUUACAUGCUUGCUAGCUUACUGAAAUGUUAGCCAUGGUGGCUUGACACGUUGUUUCGACUUAACAUCUUAAACAACAAAUAUAUUGUGUACACCCAUGUCAUAACCACAAGCUCAUGAGUACCAUCUGACAGCAGCAUUAGUUCCAACAUACUGUAAGUAUCUCAGAUGCUAAACCUUGUAGCACUUGCUUUUUACUUAGGAUACUGUAAACCAUUUUGACUUGGCAGUAUUUAAACCCCACUAAAAUUUACAAACAAUAACAACAAACAAAUUUGUCUCAAAAAUUGGGUUUCUGGUGUGUAAUGCAAAUUACAAUCUCAGUGGGUUUCAUUUGUAUGGCUAUAGAUUUGGUGGUUUCAGGUAGAUCUUUAUUCCAAUGUAACUGAAAGUUUGCACAACUUUAGUUUGAGUAUGUGCUUAAUUCACAAAAUUGAAUGAGACUGUGAGAGUGUAAUAUCAUACAGUAAAAUCCCUGCUUGUGUGUACAGAUCCCAGCAGCAUAUUCACCGUUCAUUCACACCGCUACUGCCCUUCUUCAGUGAGGGAAAACAUAUCAGUGCUGGCUUCACGUCUUCAUCAGGGAAUCGCCUAUUUUGGUAGCACAUCCAGUACAGCAGUGUCUUCUGUCAUUAAUGUAUUGUAUGUAAAAGGAACAGUAACUAUAUAACAGCAAAACCUGCACUAUUGACAAUCAAAUGAUAACUGCUUAAUUCUGUUCCGAUUUUUUCUUUUGUAAGUUUGAGUUUGGUAAAUGUUCUUCAAAAUUCAGAGUAGCUGUAAAUAAUCAUAUUUUAGGGAAAAAAGUCUUCCAGUUGCAUUUUUAUUUAUUUAUCAACCUUUCAUUCAGAUGUUACAAGCAAACAUAUUAACAGCAUGCACAAUUUUUAUGCUCGGUAUCUCAGGUGUUGACUGCAUUUAAGACAUGUUCCAGUAAUUGAGUGACUGUGUUGUUGUGAGUGCCUGUUGGGAAUAAAGUGAUGUCUCCUGA